CACCAUAUCUGGCCAAUCAAGCGCGCCCUAAUUGCGAUAAAUUUGAAAAGAUAUACACAAUGGCGCAAGCAGUUGAGGAGUGGUACAAGCAAAUGCCGAUCAUUACGCGUUCGUACCUCACAGCUGUCAUUCUCACCACCAUCGGCUGCUCUCUCGAUGUAAUGCUUUAUUCCUUCUCCUAUAGAUUAAAUUAUAGUGUGAUCGAUUAAAUAGUUGAGUUUCUAUAUUAAAGUUAUUGGUUUGCUGAACUAUAUUUGUUGCUACAUGAUAAUAACUCCAUAUAAUCUUUAUCUGAACCCCAAGCUUGUGUUGAAGCAAUACCAAAUCUGGCGUAUCGUCACCAAUUUUCUGUAUUUCCGCAACUUGGAUUUGGACUUCUUGUUUCACAUGUUCUUUCUAGCUCGAUACUGCAAGCUUCUCGAAGAGAAUACAUUUCGGAGGAAGUCUGCAGAUUUCUUCUACAUGUUGUUGUUUGGCGCAGCUGUUUUAACUGGGAUAGUACUUCUUGGAGGAAUGAUCCCUUAUUUCUCUGCGUCAUUUGCUAAGUUUAUCUUCCUUAGCAAUUCCCUAACUUUUAUGAUGGUAUACGUGUGGAGCAAGCAGAACCCAUUCAUUCAUAUGAGCUUUCUGGGCCUUUUUAAUUUCACAGCGGCAUAUCUGCCAUGGGUGCUUAUUGUAUUUUCUGUCCUUCUUGGUUCUAGUGCUUGGGUGGAUCUUCUGGGAGUGGUAGCAGGCCAUGCUUACUACUUUCUUGAAGACGUAUAUCCCAAAAUGACAGGCCGACGACCCCUGAGAACGCCAGCAAUAAUACAAUCAUUAUUUGCUGACGAGCCUAUAGUGGCGGCCAGGCCUGCAGGUGUGAGAUUUGCUGCUCCAGCUAUGGACGACGCUCCACCUCGGUGAGAUUCUAAGGCAAUGGUGUGUCCUACAUCGAGCGAAUGUAUCAACUCGGUUUCAGAUCCCUUGUCAAUAUAGUGUUAGACAUUGUUUGUCUCACAGUUAGCAAAUUAGCCCCUAGAGUUGCAAGAUGUUGAGGUUUUAAGGAUGUUCUGCUAUAAAAAAAUAUCAAGUUUUAGGAGUAUUUUUUUUGUUAUUUAUCUGUAUAUCUCCAUUUUGUGGUCAUGGAAUAAUUUUCUUCCUGGGCCCAUGAUUCAUGCUCAAA